GGCAAUAUGAAGUGUAUGAGUAAGUGAGGAUAUCGGGCGUCAGGCCAGCGGCGAGGGCGGAAGGUGGAGGGCGGAGCAGGCAGCAGGCAGCAGGACGCUUGGCCUUAUCGAUAACCUUAACGUGCAAGCGAAAAAAAGUUGGGCCUUCGUCAUCGCUCACGACAGCAAAGAAAAGCCACAGCCACAGUCACGAUGCCGUCAGAAUUAGAAGAGCUUGUCGAGUUCCUGCACCAUGGCAACACGCAGAUCAGACAGACUGCGGCCGAACAUCUUGUCGGAUACUCGCAAAACAACCCCGCCCUUUGGAAGCGCAAUCAGCUAGAGCCCAUCAAGGACCUUAAGCUGCUGGUCAAAGACUAUGCGCCCAUUGCAAAGAAUGCCCUAACUAUCCUCAUCAACGUCUCGGCAGACGCAGAGGUCCAGAACACGCUUGCAAGGGACAAUGACUUUCUCGAGACACUGUUAUCGCGGAUAACCAACCCCAAAGAGCCAAAUGCCAAUGAAAUUGCAAUGCUACUUGCCAACAUGGCCAAGGAUGACUCCUUGCAACGGGUGCUGGAACUGAAGCGCGAUAUCCCAAAGGAGCUUUCCAAGUCUGCAUGGGCAAUGGACCAGCUCAUGGACUGCUUUGUCAAGGGCGCACAAGGCGCAUACAACAAGAACGCAGACUUCGACUACCUCUCGUACUUCUUUGCCGACCUGGCCAAGUUUCCCAGAGGGCGCGAGUACCUCACCACACCCCAAGAGCACGACGACAACGUUAUCCCCAUUACCAAGAUCCAAGUUUUUACCGAUCACGCAUCACACAUUCGACGUCUCGGUGUAGCUUCGACAAUCAAGAAUGUCGCAUUCCACGUCCCAGCGCACCCGGUCCUACUCUCGAAUCUACCCUCCGACCCCAAUCUCCCACCGCCUUCAAUAGGCGCGAAUCUCCUACCCUACAUCCUUCUCCCACUCAUGGGUCCAGAAGAAUAUGCAGAUGAGGAUACAGAGGGCAUGCUUGACGAAUUACAGCUCCUCGAGCCCGACAAGGAGCGCGAACAGGAUUUUGAGAUCAUAAAGACACACCUAGAGACGCUGCUACUACUGAGUACUACCAAAGAAAGCAGGGAAGUCUUGAGGCGGGUCAAGGUAUACCCCAUUGUCAGGGAAUGUCACUUGCACGUCGAAGACGAGGGAGUGCGAGAAGCAUGCGACCGUGUGGUGCAGAUCAUCAUGCGCAAAGAGGAGGGCGAAGAGGAGGAAAUACCAGACAUGGCGAAUGCUGGCGGUAGUGGGAAAAUGAUUGCAAUGGGGAAUGAGGAAGAAGAUGAAGACGAGAAAAUCGUUGACAUCAUCUAGGCAGACUACGACA